AUGGAGGUUCUUUUCCAGCGCAAAGAGAGGGCGACGCGAGAGGGGGAGGGGGAAGGGAAUGCGGAGGACGCCGUGGUCGGUCAGGUUCAUGGAAGGGAUCUUUCCCGAGCCGCUUUGCUCGUCGCUGAACUCACAGCCCUGCUCGACGCUGAAAAGACUUCACGAACAACUCCCUCACUGCUCGGCCUAAAGCUGAUCCAGGAUAUCGUUCCGACGAUCGAUAGCGCACGCAAAACCAUCAUCGACUACAUGGAGGAUAUGAUCGUCCGCGGCCUCCGAGACCUCUCCCCGCUCAUGCUCUCAUCCUCCCUGCAAACGGCGUUCAACCUCCGCAUGCUGCCGACCUUGGUGCAGGAUCUGCUCAACGACCUCACCGAGGUCGUCAAGGAACGCACAGCCGCAGCGUUCGACCUCGAAGCCAUCUCCCGACAACUCAACCAACCGCUCCCCUCACUCGACCUGCCAUCCUCCACCGCUCCCUCCUACUCCACCUACCGCGGCGCGCGUCGCACCAACACCGCCACCGCCAGCGAAGACGACCUUCUCCGUCAUCAGCAGAGGUACUCCGACGCGGUGUGGACCAGGCUCGAAUCGCUCAUCGUCACCGAGAUGGGUGCGGUGUGCAGCAAGGUGUAUCUGCUCGAAAAGGUUCUCAAGCUGAAGAACGAUGGCGAGACGGGCGUGAACUUUCUCGCUGCUGCGUUGGAGGUGUUGGGGGACAAGCCGAGCAAGAUGUUCUGGCUGACGCUGGCGCAGAGCGUGGAGCAGCAGGUGGAGAGCGCGUGCGCGAGGUCGGCUUGGUUGAUGCAGCUGCUGUCGAGCGGGUCGAGAGGCGGAGAUGGGUAUCCGAGGUUGGUGAGGAUGGUGCAGGAGUUUUUCGCAAAGAUCUCGGUGUACGCGGAUGUGCAGUAUGGGACGACGAAUCAGAGUGCGGAGACGGUGAUUCUGAUGAAGAGCUUGGUGAGGUUGGAGAAGGGGUAUGUGGAGAAGUCUACGGAGAGGAUCGCCGAGGUUUUGAAGCAGGUAGGCGGUUCGAGAAUGGUACCGGGGGAGGAGGAAGCGGAAGCGGUGGUACGAUCGAUUGCCAAUGUGUUGGACACGACACGCUUUGACCCGCUGCUAUCGAAAGCCGUGGUAGUGCGGUGCGUGGAUUUGGUGGAUCGAUUCGUCGCACGUCUCGGCGCUGUGGCGGCGAAAGACGACGGUGCAUGGGCGCUGAGUGGAGAGCGGGCGACGCAGGGUCAGACGUGGAAUGCUGGUCUUGUGCGUUUCGCCUACACGCUAUCGCAAGGCUUCGCAAGCGUCGCUGCGGAUCAAGAUGGCGUUGUUCAGACAUCUGCCACCACUACAGCACUCGCUCCGACCAAACCGUCAUCCACCAGCUACGCAGCAAUCCAACUCAACAUCCUAGCGCAAUCCAUCGCCACUUCAGCACGAACAUCCUUCCUCCAGCCUCUGAUGGACCACAUCCGCACCACAAUCUCCACCACCAUGUCGAAGAUGCACCUUCAACUCGCUUCCGCUUACAAAGCGGAACGCGGCGUCUCCAUCGACUCCACCACCGGCGCCUCCCCCUACGCAUCCUCGAUCUGCGACGUCGUUUCGUUCCUUCACGAACGCUUGCUGCCACUCUACCCCGCCGAACUGCGUACCGCAGUCGCGCACAGGGUGGCGGCGUUGACGGUGGGAACGUUUUGCCUUCACGCAUCGAUAUUCGCGUUCCCCGAGCAGGAGGGGGAUGCGGUCAAACUGCGACUGGCGACGGACAUGACCGAGCUCGAGUUUGCCCUGUCACAACUCGUUGGUGAUCAGCGGACCGCAAGGGCGGGGGACAAAUGGAUGAUGGAGGAAGAAGAACAACAUGCGUUCGUGGAGGUGGGAGGCGAUGCGUGGAUGAGGAGCUUGAAGGCUUUCCGCAGGCUGCUCUUCUUCACGCUGGAUGACGUCGAGGAGGAAACGACGGGGAUCGAAUUGCCGAGUCUCUUGAUCGUUCUGCAUUUGCUUUCGAGGCAGAGAGGCGCGUUGGAUAAGGUGAUACAACGGGCAAUGGCGAAGACGGGAGAGGCAAAGGCGAAGCUUGAAAAGUCAGGUUUCGUGGAGUGGGUGCUCCAUCAUUCGCAACAAGACGUACUGGGGCGUGUGGGGGGCAUCGCAUUGGAAGAGGUGGACGACGAGCGGUCGAGACGUGUCGUUUCGGAUCUGAUGGCGCAUUAG